AUGGCACUGGUAAUUGCAUCGUCCAUUCCAGUGGGCCUUUCUUCAGGAGCCCUUUUUGUCUACUCAGUUUAUGGCCCUCAGCUUGCUAACCAAUGUGGUCUUGAUUCGUCUCUGGCUGCUAACUUGAACAUCGCUGCUACGGUCGGUUCGGCAUUGGGCGGUUUGGUAGGAGGCUACAUCACCGAUACGUAUGGUUCAAGGAUCCCUGUCGCCAGUGGCUGGUUGCUAGUAUCUUCUGGGUACUUCUGGCUUCACAGGCUCUUUCUUCAAGGUGAAUCAGCACACAACUGGAUGCUUAUUUUCCUGAUGUUCCUCGUGGGCGCAGGCUCCACGGCAAGCUACUUUGCUUCUAUUAAAGCAGUCACUGUCAACUCUCCAAAGUAUAAGGGUCUGGCUCAGAGCGUGCCCAUUGCGCUGUUUGCCAUUGCAAGUUUGCUCUACUCAUUCAUCUGCUCGCAUAUAUUGAAAGGAGACAUCGCCGCCUUCUUGCUUGUAUUGGCCUUGUCUUCGUUUGUGAUGCAGUUUGUGGGUGUUAUCUUCAUUCUGAUCCCAGGUCACGAAGAAAACAAGAUCGGUGCAGAGUUCUCCCAGCUUUUGGAUGAAGCAGAAGGACCAGUGGGUGAACCUUCAAGAAUGGCUCCUGAGGCUGGCCCGGUUGGCCCUUACCACCACCUUGAACUUCAGGAGAUUCUUACUCAUAGAGUUUUCUGGUCUCACUUUGUUUUGAUUGCAGUGUUCCAGGGUCUUGGUCAGAUGUACAUUUACACAGUGGGAUACAUUCUUAAAGCGGUGUACUACUACUUCACCCAUGCUCAAAUCAAAGCUAGUGAAAUAUCUGACAUUCCAUCGUUCAGCUCGCUCCAAGCGCUUCACGUCUCGCUUAUUGCCAUUGGCUCUUUUAUUGGACGUCUUUCUUCUGGACCACUCGCUGACUACUUGGUCCAUAAACAUGGAUGGAAGCGCCACUCUGUGCUUGUGCUUGCCUUGGUAUUGAUGGGUGCUGGUCACUCUUCACUUAUAUUCCCCAUCGAGCGCUACUCGCUGCUGCUUUUCCAGUUUAAUAUCCAUUUGGCACUCAUUUCCACGCUUAUCGGGUAUGCCUAUGGAUUCGGUUUCACAUCAUUACCAGCAAUCAUUGCAGACCUCUUCUCCAUGAAGAACUAUUCGUUACUUUGGGGAAUCAUGUACUCCUCCACAGUACCAGGUCUUACUCUCUUCACAAAGUUCUUUGGCUAUAACUACGACAAGCACUCUGAAGUCGAGCAUGGCUCUUUGGUAUGCACCCAGGGAUACAAGUGUUACGAUCGUACCUUUUCGGUAACCGGUCCACUCGCUUUGUUCCUAGUUGUGGCGAUUAUUGGCGUUUCGUUGUUCCACAAGAAGUGGCCCAGCAGAACCUAA